GCUGACCACGAUUCCUGUCACUUACCUCGUACGCUUAAUUUCUCCCUCGGGCGCUUUUGCCGCUCUACUAGCUCUGUUUUGCUCCUCAGCGUGAGUUUCAGGAUCCAAGAUGCAAAAUAUUUUCACGAUAUUACAUUGAUAAUAGUGCGACUAUCAAACAUACGAUAGAUUUGUAGGCAUUCUUCACUCAAUUAUUCCGAAGGCAGUACAAUCUGCUGGAGUCGAGUGAUCUUGCUUGCAUUAUGGGCUCCAAACGUCCCCCGCCAGAUCUUCCUGGCAUGUAUUUUGACGUAGAACGAAACAGAUACUUCCCUUUGAAAUCACGCAUGUCAACCAACGAAGAUUCUCGAAUGAAAAGCGCAGCUGAACAACUUCGUCAGGAUGAGGAGUCUGCAAGAAGUGCAAGAGAGGAUGCAAUUCUCUACAAGCGCCGAAUCCCCAAAACGGCCUUUUCAGCUAUGGAGAAGUCUGAAGAUGGAAAUGCUAUUUUACGACUCCUGUAUCAACGAGAAUUGUCUGGGCAUAACUGGAGGAAAAGAGCAGGAGCCAAUUGCUCUGUAUUUGAACGGCAAAUUUUGGAGAGUUAUACUGGGCAUAUGAACUCCAGCCGUGUCCAGCCACCUAAGAUCUGGACGUAUCUAUCUGUUCAUUGCGACGGUGGAAUUGAACAGUGUCGACUAGACAUUCAAACUGCUUCGGGUCAGGUAGAAGUAGAUGCUAUGGUUGUCGGCGGCUUCAACGAGGUCCAGACUUUGCAAGUAUGUGGUCCUGAAGACAUUUCCAUUUGGGGUGACGGGUCUUUUAUGUCACAAAACAACCCACGUAUCUUCGAAAGUUAUUCAGUAAAAAAGUCAGCUAUUUUAAGGCCAGUUUUCGUGAAGUUGCCAUUCACUUCAAUGAUCACGUCCGUAAAGAAAUUUAUGGACUCAGAACAUGGAAAUGACGAAGAUAUCAGGCACUCAACGCAGAAUGUUAUACUGACUACUUUGGGCAAUGGUGGAGAAGGAGGGAGUAUAUAUCUGAUGCGAGAUGGACAGGAUGUUCUUUCCGAACGAUCCAGACCUUUCAGCGGGCCCCUCAGGGUACAAAUCAAUUCAGAUAUUUACACAGCAGAAUGUAGUCCCCGUCGAAAACAAGUCAGUCUCGGGUUGAAGGCAGGGGCUGCGAUCCUGGACAUAGAGAGGAGUGAGGUUUACAGAACUUUUAUAGCUAAGAGUUCUGUGUUAGCACAGCAGUUUGACAACUCUGGUAAUCUUUUGCUCUGUGGUUAUAGAAAUGGCAUGAUCAUACCUUACGACCUACGUUUACCUCCGCCAAGUACUUCGCAAACCCGCAAAAGGAAUACAAGAUCUAGACAGAGUCCCCACUAUGAGGGAAUGCAAAUGAGGUCAACAGUUUGCAGCAUGUCUCUUCUCCGAAGCAAUGAGUUCUAUCUGAUAGCAAGCGCUAUGGAUGGACAGAUUUGGCAGUGGGAUCGAAGAAUAUCAGGACGUGGACCUGUUCAAACAUACGAAGGACACGUGAACACUCAUUCUUUACUCCAAGUUCGAUUAGAUCCCAGUGAGAGACUUCUUGCAUCUGGUGGUACGGACGGUGCCUUACGAAUAUGGAGCGUAAAAUCAUCUCGGUUGCUGCAUGUAGAAAGAAAACUCAGCUGCGUACCAAAGAGAAUUUGCUGGAACACUUCUUUCUGUACGAGCAACGAAGGUGGGUGGGACUAUUUUGAAGAGCCGUGCUUUAAGGAUGAUUCUCCUUGGGCUUUAUGGACGGGCUCUACAAAAUUGCUUCAUAUACGAGGAGGACAUGGUGACUGAUAGGGGCAAUAAGAGCUAUCGCCCCGCACGGUUGAAAUAGCCAUGGUUAUUAGUUGUAAGAAAGAGUAGAAGCCUGAAAUGUAUACAAAGUGGUUCGUUUGCGGUUCUUUCCACUUUGGCGCAGUGAAGGCUAGCUGAUAUCAAGUUUCAUAAAAAGAGAG